GUUUCUCUCUCAGGGAUUCUGGCACCACUGGUGAAAAUACCAUCUGUCUCUACUGUCCUCUCUCAAUUCUGCACAUUCAAACUACAGAAGAGAAGAUCAUCUAUUUGCAUUCAGAAAUGCAUUUGUUUCUUAUGGCUGUUGGUCAGAGUUAGUCACUGCAAGUGCAUACAAGUUUCUCUUGACAAAGUGUAGAGUUAAAGUUGCAAAAGGUUAGUCUUGUGAGAGAAACAAAAUAACAGGGCAUGUACCGACAAGAUAAGAGGGCGGGCAGAUAAUGCUACCUGCCAGAAUAUCAACGUUCUGAUUGGCUGGUGACAACGUCACUCAUUUUGAAGUCCUGUUCGCAGCCAGGAAAGCACUUAGCACAAGUUUUGGUACUCAGCCUAGUGAGCCUUCUACCUGGCCAAGGUCUUGUCCGCGGUCCCUAGCCUACAAAAAACAACGCAGGUGACCGGAGAGGUCGUAACUGUUACUGAUCGAUGAUGGCCUCGCAGAAAGGGACGUUUGCUGGCGUUUUACUUUGUCUCGUCGUGUCCAUGACUGUAGCUUUACAGGUGUCCAUCCCUCAGCGGACCUAUGAGUUCGCCAGGGGAGACAACAUCACUAUACCAUGCAGCUUCAAACCCAAGAACUCAAUCAACAAGCUGGUCGUCAUAUCCUGGUUGGCUGAAGCAGACAAACCCGGAGAGCCAGAGGUGUCCGUCCUUACCUCCUACUCUACUGGUGAACUGGACAUCAGUGACCGGUAUGAAGGAAGAGCUUCCCUGGAGCAGGACCUAGCUAAAGGAGUAGCCAACCUGAAGCUCUCCUCCAUCGGUCUCCAGGACAACCGGCUAUUCGAGUGUCGGGUCGCCAUCCCCAAGGAUGACGAGGGUCAGCUGGCUGACACCACCAGUCUGGUGGUCCUGGUGGCUCCCUCUGUGCCUGUCUGUAAGAUCGAUGGGAAGGCAGAGUACUUCCAGAACAUCAAUCUCACCUGUCAGUCUGAAGAGGGCUCUCCUCUUCCUACCUACAAGUGGCAGGGCUACGAUGUCAGAAACAUGCCCCGAGCACCUGCACCCAGGACAACAGACAAGGAUGGUGUCCUGUCUCUCUUCAACCUCACCAUGGAAUCCUCAGGAUACUACGUCUGUACCUCCACUAAUAAGAUCCGCAGUGCCAAAUGCAACCUGACGCUGUCCGUCAUGCCACCGUCUAUGGCCCUGGGUUCAACAGCGGGUAUCAUUGGCGGCGUUGUGGUUGGUGUUCUGGUCCUGCUCAUCAUCCUCAUCUACUGCUGCUGCUGCAGAAAGAAGAAGGACAAAGCAGAGGAUUACGCUAUGGGGGUUCCAGAGGGGGAGGAGUUCCACGACGACAAACCCGUGGUGAACGGCGAGGUUCGACAGACGCGCAGCAAGGAAGGCGACGAUGAAGACCACCCACCUAAGAUCGUGGACCAUCGCGACCAGUACAAGGAACGCAGCGAGAAGGACUACGAUGACCGCCGCAGCGACUAUGAUGACCGCCGCAGUGACUACGGUGACCGCCCACCCAAGAUCGUGGACCGUCGCGACCAGUACAAGGAACGCAGCGAGAAGGACUACGAUGACCGCCGCAGCGACUACGAUGACCGCCGCAGCGACUACGAUGACCGCCGCGAGCGCCACGAUGACCGCAGGGACCAGGACGACCGCUACUCUGACCGCCGUGACCGGUACGACCGUGAUCGUGUUUACGAUGAACGCAGUGACGGCGGACGGUACAGUGAUCGUUAUGAUGAGCCCUACGAUGAUCGUGACAGACCUCCCAGUGUACCGGCCAAUAAACCUGCUAAGCCUUUGUUACUGUAAUUGAAUUAUGCCAAUGUGUUUUCCCAUCUUAUGAAUUCAUAUUGUUAAUCAGAUAUAAUAAAACAGAGUAUAAGUUUACUUAGUUACAGUUCCAUUUAAAAUAAUUUGUUCAGUCAUUUAAUCAUAAUUUUACCAACAGCCUUCUAAAAAUAGAAUAGAUUAGAACCACUUAAUGUUUACCGCAACUUGUGUUUGGAAUGGUUGAAAAUAUAAUUCAUAUUAUAAACAUAGUAGCUGCUGUAGGUCAGGCUUCACAAAGGGCUAGGCUGGGCUAGGCUACCAGGCUGAACUCGGUCACAUCAAUAACAGGACGACUGUAACACAACACAGGAAAAGCCUGUAGAUCAGGGAUCAUCAAAUAGAUUCAGCCGCCGGAUGGUGUUUUUCCUUCAGCAGAAGUUCAGGGGACCGGAACAUAAUUAUAAAUCAUUUUGUAGAUGGCAAAUUGACUGCAAGAAACGGAAACGGAUGUAAUAUUUGGCAAAUCUAUAAUCAUCUAGAACCUUGCUUACAUUUGUAAACCGUCGCAUAUGUAUCGCUCUUAUGUGUGGGAAUACUGGAACUAAAUGAAAAUCACUUGGAGCUGAUUUCCUGGUGUUUGUACAGUCUUAUAUGUUCAACAAUAGCAAUUCUACAAAAUAUAUAUAUAUAUAUAUAUACAUAUACCCAAAAACCCCCAAAAUAUAUAUAUAUAAUAAUAAUUUUUGUGUUGAGAAAAGCUGGAGGGGCCAAAUAAAAGGGUCUGUCAGUUGGGGAACCCUGCUAGAGACCAUGCCGACUAGAGGUGGAGCGUAUCACUGUUAUCUAUGUAAAGGCCUUCAAUGUGGAGUGUCACUGUUAUCUAUGUAAAUGCCUUCAAUGUGGAGUAUCACUGUUAUCUAUGUAAAGGCCUUCAAUGUGGAGUGUCACUGUUAUCUAUGUAAAGGCCUUCAAUGUGGAGUAUCACUGUUAUCUGUGUAAAGGCCUUCAAUGUGGAGUAUCACUGUUAUCUGUGUAAAGGCCUUCAAUGUGGAGUAUCACUGUUAUCUGUGUAAAGGCCUUCAAUGUGGAGUAUCACUGUUAUCUGUGUAAAGGCCUUCAAUGUGGAGUAUCACUGUUAUCUGUGUAAAGGCCUUCAAUGUGGAGUAUCACUGUUAUCUGUGUAAAGGCCUUCAAUGUGGAGUGUCACUGUUAUCUAUGUAAAGGCCUUCAAUGUGGAGUAUCACUGUUAUCUGUGUAAAGGCCUUCAAUGUGGAGUACAGCCUAUGAUUGAAGGAAGGUGCGGCCUCAAUUCAGUUCAGUAGUCAGGAAGCGAAUUGGAAUGCUGAUUCAAAGAUUUCAAAAGUGCCAUCUAGUAUUUUCAAUUAGUAUUUUUUAAUUUUUUUAUUCUUGAAUCUGAAUUUAAAUGUGCUUUCUGUUACAAGCUGCCAUUGCCUGAAUAAGACUGUGUAUGAAUUCUCAGUGCAGCUUAUUGGAUAAUGCAUUUUUCCUCCUGCCUUAUUGUCUACUGUUGGUGUGACAGAAGAGCUUCUCACGUCAGUCUCAGGUCUUGGCUGUUUGAGAACCACAAGCUUUUUGGUGACGGUUUGUUUGUUUUAAUCAACUGUAGAUUGCUAAUACCCUCUAAUAUCAAAUGUUGGAGUUACAUUUAAUAUCAACUGUAGAUUGAUAAUACCCUGUAAUAAAUAAAGUUGUUAACCUUUUUAAUAGUUGUUUUCAUGACUUAGACGUACUGUGUUUUGUCCAUGUAUUUAGCGUCGUGAUGCUUGUUGAUGCAGUGGAGUGGCAGGUGUCUCAGGUGAGUCUUCAUUAACAUAUUCAAACCAUGACUUGUUUUUGGAGUGAGGGAGUCAAUCAGGCCUUUUUGAAAGAGAACCUGGAGACCCAUUUUAAGAACAGAGAGAAACCAGUUUCCCUCUGUGGCAUGUGCCUAGUCGUUUCCCUUCCUCAUUAUAGCCUGAGGCCAGACAACAGACUCACUUCACUAGAAGGGGCUUCAUUGGGUUCAGACCUAUUAAAUGGGUCUGUCUGAGUGAGGAGUUUUU